GCUUACUUAGUUAAUGCAGUGAUUUCAAAGUGUUUGGGUGUGUUUGCCAUUAAUUUAAAUUGAAAAACAGAAAAAUUAAAAGAAUCUAACCAACGCAUUUGAGUAUCUAAUAGAUACCACCACGAAGUUCAUUAUUUAUAACUGGAAUACAAAGAACAUUCAUAAACUAAUAAGAAAAACGUCAAACGAAUUGGAUUUUUUAAAGAAACUAUUAUCAAAAUUAUUAAGAAAUAACAACAACAACUUAAUAAAAUUAUAAAAUUUUUAAUAAACAAAUAUAUAUUGCAAAAAAACAACGAUUGUGUAAUCGAAACGCAGCUGGAUUUUCAUAGAAAUUUCUGCAUAAAUUAAAUUAAUAUUUAAUAAAAAAAAAUAUACAAAACUUUUUUUUAACAAAAACAACACAAUACAAAACUUUAAACAAUGCAAGCAAUUAAAUGUGUAGUAGUGGGUGACGGUGCUGUGGGUAAGACCUGUCUCUUGAUCAGUUACACCACUAACGCCUUUCCCGGUGAAUACAUACCCACCGUAUUCGACAACUAUUCGGCCAAUGUUAUGGUCGAUGCCAAACCCAUUAAUUUGGGUCUUUGGGAUACAGCCGGUCAAGAGGAUUACGAUCGUCUACGCCCUCUCUCCUAUCCCCAAACCGAUGUUUUUCUCAUCUGUUUCUCUUUGGUGAAUCCAGCCUCAUUUGAGAAUGUACGCGCCAAAUGGUAUCCCGAGGUACGUCAUCAUUGCCCUCAGGUACCCAUUAUUUUAGUGGGCACUAAAUUGGAUUUACGUGAUGACAAGGCCACCAUUGAAAAACUCAAGGAAAAGAAACUCACACCCAUUACUUAUCCCCAGGGUUUGGCUAUGGCCAAGGAAAUUGGUGCCGUUAAAUAUUUGGAAUGUUCCGCUUUAACACAAAAAGGUUUAAAAACAGUAUUCGAUGAAGCUAUUCGUUCGGUUCUAUGUCCCGUCAUGCGCAUGCCCAAAAGACGUAAAUGCAUGAUAUUGUAAAAAGCAUUUAAAGGAGCAACCGCAAACCCCAUACAGUUGACUCUAUUAUAGAGCAGGAACUCUAGAGAAUCUAUUAAGAUCAAUUUAAGAAGUUUUUUUUAUAAAGAAUUUAUCACACAACGACUAUAACAAACCUCCAAGGGAGGAAAUUUAUUCAUAAAAUGAAAACAAUUUUUAAACCGAUAAGAACAAAAACUAUAAGUCGUUAACAUUUAAUCAAG